AUGAACGCAAGCGGGGAAUCCGGCGGAACAAUGUCCAGCGAUGACUACUCUGAAAGUUGUACCAGCAGUGAAGAAGACACGGGAGCUAACUUGCCAUCAUGGGAGGCAGCGGCAGCAUCACUGACCCUGGGAUUUUUAGUAUUAGCAACAGUAUUAGGGAACGCCUUAGUGAUACUGUCAGUGUUCACAUACCGGCCAUUACGUAUAGUCCAAAAUUUUUUCAUAGUAUCGCUGGCAGUCGCCGAUUUGGCGGUAGCCAUUCUAGUGAUGCCGUUCAACGUAGCGUAUUUACUUUUGGGAAAGUGGAUCUUCGGGAUCCAUUUAUGUAAAUUAUGGUUAACAUGCGACGUAUUGUGUUGUACGGCAAGUAUACUUAAUUUGUGUGCCAUAGCCCUGGAUCGCUACUGGGCGAUAACCGAUCCAAUAAAUUACGCUCAAAAACGGACAUUGAAGCGUGUAUUGGCGACAAUUGCCGGUGUUUGGAUACUUUCUGGCGCAAUAAGUUCGCCACCGUUGGCCGGGUGGAACGAUUGGCCUGAAGAAAUAGAACCCGGGACACCAUGUCAAUUGACCCAGCGACAAGGUUACGUAAUAUAUUCAUCGCUAGGCUCCUUUUUUAUUCCCCUAUUGCUGAUGAGUCUCGUCUACUUAGAAAUUUUCCUCGCAACGCGACGUCGCUUGCGCGAAAGAGCACGUCAGAGUCGCUUUGGCGUCGUUUCGUCCACAAAAAAUAAAGGCGGCGCAGGCCCUGGUGGGUCCGGUCCUGGUGGGACUGGUGGUAGGGACAACGCUGGCGGCAGCCAUGACCCAGAUGACGCUGAAGAGUCGGUAAGCAGCGAGACCAAUCACAAUGAACGAACUGUGACGACGCGCGUUCAUGGAAAGCCGAGCUUAGUUGUAGUCGAAGAUGACGCCGCUACUGAAGUGACGCUCAACAUGACGCCAUGUCGCGGUGGAAAGCGUGAAAAGCAUCCUGCUGCUACAGUCACUACUGCGAAUGCUAACGCUACCACUACUACCACGACGGUUUAUCAGUUUAUUGAAGAGCGUCAGAGAAUUUCACUAUCGAAGGAAAGACGCGCUGCGCGCACUUUAGGGGUUAUAAUGGGUGUUUUUGUUGUGUGUUGGUUACCCUUUUUUCUUAUGUACGUAAUUGUUCCCUUUUGCCCCGCUUGCUGUCCUUCUGAAAGGAUGGUUUAUUUCAUCACGUGGCUGGGGUAUAUCAACAGCGCGCUUAAUCCACUUAUUUACACGAUAUUCAAUCUUGAUUACAGACGCGCCUUCCGUCGGCUGCUGCAUCUUGGCUGA